AUGGCUUCAGCUUCUUCGGGCUCAUUUGAGCCCUCCCCGGCUUCGACUGCCCCUUCCACUGCGUCCGACUCUUCUGCGAAUAACGCCUUGGCUACGGCGGAAAAACCUCCAGAUGAUACCUCGAAACUGCGGAUGUUCUUGGGUAUCUUGAGAAAAUUCAUUGGAGUAGCAGAUAUUGCUUCGGUGCGCUUCUCAUUGCCAGCCCAACUUCUGGAGCCGACGCCUAAUCUCGAGUAUUGGAACUACCUCGACCAGCCGCACACCUUCGUAGCCAUUGGCGACUCGGACGAUGCCUUUGAUAGGAUGCUGGAGGUACUCCGGUUUUGGUUUACUAAAGAUUUGAAGUAUGUGAAGGGGAAACCAUGCAAGCCGUACAACUCAACUCUGGGAGAGUUUUUCCGGUGUAACUGGGAGGUACAAGAUACCGCGCCGGCCAUCACGGCAAGCAAAAUGCAAUCUGCAGCAGGAAGCGCGGCGUCCUCUAUCAAAUCAAAGAAAACACCUGCAGCCUCGCGCAAUGCCUCGCCACCUGCCGAUGUAAAGGCUGUAGAAAAGAAUGGUCGUGUGGUAAAGGUGUCAUAUCUCACAGAACAGACAUCUCACCACCCUCCUGUCUCAGCGUUCUUUGUGGACUGUCCCGAGAAAGGGCUCACAGCCCGAGGUUUCGACCAGAUUUCUGCCAAAUUCACAGGCACAAGUAUACGAGUCACUCCUGGGGAGCACAACCUAGGGAUAUUCAUUACGCUCUCAAAACGGGAUAAUGAGGAAUAUCAGCUCACACACCCAGCUGCCCACCUGGGAGGCUUACUACGAGGGAGUCUAAGCGUGACGGUAGGAGAUUUGUGUUUUAUCACCUGUCCCCAAACGAAGACCAAGACUAUUCUGCACUACAUGGAAGAAGGCUGGCUAGGCAAGACGCAGAACAAAGUGGAGGGAGUCAUCUUUCGAUAUGAUCCCGAGAACGACAAUAAGACGAAAAUCAAAGACGUCCCCGACAAGGAUGUUCUGGCUAGGAUAUCGGGGAACUGGAAAGAGAAGCUUUAUUUCUCGCUUGGCCCGAAAGGGGAUACUCAAACCCUCCUAAUAGACCUUGCCCCCCUAAGCGUAGCCCCCAAGCUCCUUCCCCCACCAACGGCGCAAUUACCCAAUGAGUCCCUCCGCUUCUGGUCUUCUGUCACCGAAGCUAUCAACUCAAGGCAGUACUCGCGCGCCACAGCACUCAAGCAAGAGCUCGAAGAGCGUCAGCGCGAGAAAGCCAAGGAGAGAGAAGAAACCGGUACGACAUGGACUCCUAGAUUUUUUGUCGGCGCUACGUCGCCCCUGGGGAAGCCAGAGUUGACGGAUGAAGGGAGAGAGGCAUUGAAAGCGCUGCAGGAGGAUAGGUGGGAAUUGAGCGAAAACAAGGUUAUGGGUGCUUAG